ACGUCAAAGUGACGUUUAGUGACACUCAGAUGUUUACACGUACCUAUUUUAAUUUUAUUAUUUUAUAGGACAGUAAAUAAGUAUAUAAUAACAAUUAACUGAAAAAUGCUACAAAAUGUACACGUUAUUACAUGGAUUUUAUAAGUACCUGGUUCAGAAAGACGAAUACUGCGUAUUAAUAUUAGGUCUUGACAAUGCAGGGAAAACGACUUACCUUGAAGCCACAAAAACGAAGUUUACGAAGAAGUACAAAGCCUUGAACCCGAAUAGGAUAACCACGACUGUUGGACUCAAUAUAGGAAAAAUAGAUGUUGACGGAGUAAGACUAAACUUUUGGGACCUUGGAGGGCAAGUGGAGCUUCAAUCUCUGUGGGACAAAUACUUUGCUGAAUGUCAUGCGGUAAUCUAUAUUGUAGAUUCUUCUGACAGAGAGAGGAUAUCAGAGUCUAAGGAAACUUUCGACAGGAUGAUAGCAUCAGAGCACCUAUCAGGGGUCCCCCUCCUGGUCCUGGCUAAUAAACAAGACAUUCCAGACUGCAUGGGAGUACAUACAGUCAAACCUAUAUUCAACCAAAAUGCACAUCUUAUUGGCGCGAGGGACAUCAUGCUUAUGGCCACUUCCGCGCUUACUGGUGAUGGAGUCGACGAGGGCAUCCGGUGGCUAGUGGACUGCAUCAAAAGGAACAGUGAGCAGCGCCCGCCGCGCAACCACGACGAGAAUUUAUGAAAUCAUUGCGACACCUUAUCCAUAACAAAAUUAUAUAUAACUGCUCGUCACCGCUGAAUAUUAACGAGUUUUCCUAUUAAGAUAAUGAUGCGGAGCGAACCAUUGUUUUGUACAUACAUUAUUGACAUUGUAAGAAUAAAAGUUAUACUGAA